CUCACGCCGAUCGGUCAGUACCACGCGUAGAUGGUCAACAGCCGCCAUGUGGGCUUCACAUCACGUGCAUUCUCAUCCUGUAACGCACUUCUUUGCAGGUUUUGUCGUCACAAUGUCUCCCGGUGUUAUAAUGACAGUCAUGUGUGCAGGAACAGAGUGAGGGCACGUGGUGGUGGGAAGGGACCAGAACAGCGGCGCACGAAAGUUAACCAUCCAAAACAUUUGUGAGCAGCUCCCACCCAUUCUUCAAAGAUGUCUGACCUUCUGCUGAAAACGUUCAGGGCACAGCUGACCACGAGCAUGGACUCGGUCCUGAGGAGAGCCGUGUUGGAAAUCAUGAUGAUCUUUGAGAACAGUCUCCAUGACCACCAAAUGGAGCUAGUGCAGAAGGGAGAAGAGGUUGCUCAACUGAAAGUAAAGCUGCAGAGAGCAGAAGUUAAGCUGAGUGAAAUCGAGCACGGAGGCGACAGAGGAACUGAGACGAAGAAGCGAGAGUCUGAAGAUGUGCCGAGUGGCCCAGAACAAACUUCUGAUGUUCCCGAGAUUGAUUUUACAGUACCUGAUGACUGGUGUGCUCCCCUGGGCUGCGAGACUCAGACCAAGCAAGAAGAAGGCUUUUGUCCCAGUGUAAGACUUCGCCCGCUGUCCAUCCCUCUGUGGCCCAUUCCGAUCAUCAAGCAAGAGGUUGUUAACCAUGACAUAGUCUCCUACCAGCAAACUAAGAGUCUUAGGAGAUCCAGAAGAGGUUCCUCAUCAAACGAGAGGCACACACAAAAGGAACAAGUAACUCGACGUCGACCGGUGAGAAGCGACAUGAAGAAACUGCUCCUAGACAUCAAACAGGAAUAUACUGACCCGACAGGAGGUGCAGGUCCUAGAAGAAGAGGGAAACAUGUAACAGGAAAAGAGCCAGAGAAUACGAUGAAGAGCAAAAGAGAGGGGAAAAAAAUCGCAGCAGCUGAGUCUAGAGAAAAGGAGACGGUGAAAAAUGACAGUGGAAAAAGGUAUAUCUGCAAGUUUUGUAAGAAGGAAUUUAAUACAAUGUUUGGCCGAAGUGUGCAUGUACGAUCACACAAGAAGUGCAAAGGUUGCAAAAAAGAGUUCCCUUUUCCAAGUGCUCUUAGGUGUCAUAAAAGAUUUUGCAAAAAACUCCAGAUAUUGUUGGCAAAAAAAGCUCAGUCCACCAACCCUCCAAAACUAGAGACCUGUGAUGAAGAAAACCUGACCGCGUCUGGCAAAAAACGGGUGAUAGUUCAGACGGAAAGCAAACCUUCCUCCAACAACCUCAGUGAACAAUCUGUUCAGAAAGAUGGGUCCGCCAAAAAGCACUCCUGUGUACACUGCAACAAGAAGUUUCGUAACAGUUGGAGGAUGAAAGAGCAUGUGCGUGUUCAUACUGGGGAGAGGCCAUUCCCUUGCAGCGUGUGCCCAAAGAAAUUCCGCGUUAAUCAGGAACUCAAAAAGCACAUGUUGAGAAUGCACAAAGAGCCAACAAAGUUCAGCAAGACAAAUGAAAACCGUGCAUGGGCCAAACCUUUAGAGGAGACGGAAGAUGGUGGUGAGGAUCUGAUGUCUCCGAAGAAAGACACAAGUCAAGCGAUCAACCAAGUUAAGAGAAAUCGCAAUGCAGACAAAAGGGAAACUGCAAACUGGCAGACCAUGGGGACACGCUGCCCUGAUGGUUUCCUCUGCAUAUUGUGCCAGAGGCUCGCGAAAAACAAAUACCUGUUGAUUGAACACUUUCGCACCCACACUGGCGAGAAGCCCCUCAAAUGUGACCGGUGCCCUGCAGCGUUUCGUUCUCGUGGACAGCUAAGCAUUCACAAGAAAGUGUGUUCUAAUCCUCUCACGGGGACCCAGUGUGCAAAGUGCAAGAGGAAAUUCUCCUCACAGACAAACUACAUUAAGCAUGUGUCCAGUUGUCAAAGAGAUCGGCUUAAUUUCUGUAAGUUUUGUGGAAAAGCCUUCUUCACAAAGGGACGCCUCAGGAACCAUAUGGAGCGUUACCAUAAGUAAGCCAGUUUAC